CUCUGCCCGCGGUCACACAGAACGCUCGGCACGUGUUGCAUUUAAAAAAACAUAAAGAAUUUUCGGCAGGAGUGCAGUGGGUGGACUUUUCGCAGUUGCAAGAUGUUCUACCUAAUCGGACUCGGCCUUGGCGACCUCAAGGACAUCACCGUCAAGGGCCUGGAGAUAGUAAAGCAAUGCAGUCGCGUCUAUUUGGAGAUGUACACCUCCAUUCUGGGCUGUAGCCUUGAGGACAUGCAAGAGUUCUAUGGUCGACCAUUGCUGUUGGCUGACCGUGAUCUGGUGGAGCAAGGCGCAGACGAAAUCCUGGCUGGAGCAGGAGAAUCCGAUGUGGCUCUCUUAGUUGUUGGGGAUCCCUUUGGCGCCACUACGCACACAGAUUUCAUACUGCGAGCCAAGGAGAAGAAUAUUCCUUACAAGGUUAUCCACAAUGCAUCCAUUAUGAAUGCCGUCGGCUGCUGCGGCCUUCAAUUGUACAAAUUCGGCGAGACAGUGUCGAUUCCCUACUGGGACGAGACCUGGAAGCCCGAUAGCUUUUAUGACAAGAUCAAACUAAACCGCCUGCACAACAUGCACACUCUGUGCCUGCUGGACAUCAAAGUGAAGGAGCCCACGCCAGAGUCCCUGAUGCGAAAACGCAAAGAGUACAUGCCACCGCGAUUUAUGUCUGUGGCGGAGGCGGCCCACCAGCUUUUGGCCAUCGUCGAGAAAAAGGACGCUUUGGAACGAAACACCGUGCUGAACGAGCAGUCACUAUGCGUGGGAUUGGCUCGUGUGGGCCAAGAGUCACAGCAGAUUGCUGUGGGUACGCUACUCGAGAUGCGAUCCACCGACAUGGGAGGUCCGCUCCAUUCUCUCAUCAUUCCCGCCAAGGAGAUGCACCCACUGGAAGUGGAGUUCCUGCAGCAGUAUGCCGCCAGCAUCAAGUUGGACGACUACAAUCACUAAUCACUAAUCCUGCUGUAACUCAAAUUUAAUUGUCUAGGAAAUGUAUGUGCAUCUGAAUUGAAUUUAGGAAGCUGGGAGCUAAAAGCUCGGUGCCAGAAGAAAGUGAUAUCGCUUGAUGCCACCCGUAUACGUAUAAUAAAACCGCAUUCACCCAUCGUA